GCGAUGCAAUUCAACCUAGACUUGGAAGCAGUCGGUAGGUUUUUCUGUCACUUUCAGUAUGAACUUCGUAAGACUAACUUUAGUGAUUUUUUUCGCGGCAAAAAUAACCGCGUCCUUUGACGUUGAGUCCCCAAAUUCCAUCGAGGAAAUAAUUGAAUUUGUCGCGGAGAUUACUGAUUCCAUUAAUGGAGAGAAGUUAAAUGCAACCGAGGAGCUGGUGGAUAAUUUUAGGAUCGACGGGUACCGAAAUUACGGAGAAGUUGUCAGGAAAUAUUUCGCUGAGUUUCUACAUUCAAAAGUGACCGAUGAACAGAUCGAGGAAUUGAAGAAUUGUAUCGACAAAAUAGACAAAGCGUGGAUAAAAUUUAGGUCUGAAGAGGGUGAAGCCGAGUUACGCGAAUUCGUGAAGCUGUUGCCGAAGAUUUUGAGCAAACUGUACAGUAUUUACGUCGGAAAUGGUCGAGGUAUCAAAGGAUUCCCAACUCGAGUUGCAACAGAUUCGCGACCUUCGGAAUGCGAAAGAACAGAAAACGACCAAUUGCGCCUGCGAAAACUUCAUCAAAUUUUGAUACUUUCAGAAAUCCGCGGAUUUAUUUUAUCCCUAAAAGCUUCCGAAGACCCUCAAAAGGCAGCAGCUCGUGCUAUUUUUCACUCCCAACAAUAUUUGCAGGCUACUUGCCAAGGUUUCCUGAAUAAAUUUAUUCAUCAUCGAAGCUGUGACCCUCCAGAGGACAUUAAAGGUGAAACCUUUUCUAAAUUUCUGGGCCUUUUUCAAGGCGUGGUAGUCAAUGAGCUCCAAAUUGACACCGUCUCCGACUUUAAUCAUUGCCGAGGGGAUUGCGACCAUGUGGACUACUCGAAAAUUGUCCUAGGGUUAUAUGGCCGAAGACCGGCUAAAAAACCUUUAAUAUCGAAAAAAAACAGGAAGUCUCGUCUUGAGUUCGCGAAACAGCAUAUAUCGUGGUCAAGUUUAGAGUGGUCUAAAGUUUUAUGGAGUGACGAAAGUAAAUUUAAUUUAAUGUCACCUGAUGGUAUCAAGUACAUUCGGCGUCCAGUAAACAAAAAAUACGAUUAUCGGUAUCAAAUACCCACAGUUAAACAUAGAGGUGGUAGUGUGAUGGUUUGGGGAUGUUUUUCACGGUCUGGAGUUGGACCAUUAGUUCGAAUAGAAAGAAAAAUGGAUCAGUUCAUGUAUGCAAAUAUAUUAAAGUCUCAGAUGUUACCAUAA